CUUUCUUUUUUGCGCGUUUUUGACUGUCUUUGAUGAUGCUCUAUUUAGCCCACGCGAGCAUAUAGCGCGUGUACAUACAUUAAAACUAGAAAGAAAGACACGUUUUUUAUUUAUUUUUUUCCAAAAAGAAGGCAAAAGCAAAAACCCUUCUUCCUUUAAACCCUAAUAAUCUAACAAGAGUCUCUCUCUCUGAAAAAGAAAAAAGAAGAAGAAGAUGGAUCAUAUAGCGGCAGCGGAAGAGCAAAUAAUCACAGAGAAGAUUAAGCAGAAGCUGAAUGAGGUCAAUUUGGCAGCGCAGGCACAUCUCUCUCCCAUUCAGGACCAUGUCAAUUUCACCCUUCAGCAAGCCUACUUCAAAUGUGCAUACGAGUGCUUUGAUAGAAGAAGAAAGCAAGAAGAGAUAAGCAAUUGUGUCGAGUAUUGUAGUGUUCCUGUCGUUACUGCUCAACAGAGAGUUGAGAAUGAGAUGGCUAGGUUUCAAGAGAGGUUGAACAGAGCUUUGAUGGUGUGCCAAGACAAGUUUGAGACAGCCAAGUCACAACAAGUGAAAAGCAAUGCGCUGAAGGAUUUGGAGUCAUGUGUGGAGCAGUCGACCCAGGACAGCAUCAAAACCCUACCCUUUCUUGCUGACAAAUUGAGAGCUUCAUUUUCAGCCAACAAGUGAUUAGCCAAAGGUAGAACAAUACCUACAGCCUGUUUUUUUUCUUUCUCUUUUGGCUGAAUUGAGUGAGUGGUUUUGCUAUAGAUCAUAAGAUUUAGCCGGUAAUUUAAAUUCUUUUAUGUGCCCCUUUCUGAGGUGAGCUCUGAGGAUUUGAAAAUAAUUCAUGUCAAACCAAAGCUACUUACUUGAAUUAGAAUAUGCUUGCUUGUUUGUAACAAGUGAGGAACUUGUCUAAGUUCAUCUUACUGAAUGCCAUUCUAAUAAAUUCUUUUGAUGGUUCUGUUUUGCACCCCA